AUGAAAAGCCUAGAAGAACAAUGGGAAAAGCUCAGGUUAAUGGAAGAAGAAAAGCGGAAUGUAGAACCGAACGAUAGUAUUCCUGAGGAGAUCAAGAAUAAGGGAGAUAGAAGCUUGGUUGGCAAAGUGUGGAUGGAAAGAAAGAUUAGUCAAGGUGUUAUAGAAUCUACGAUUGCAAAGGUUUGGAAGUUAAGCAGGGUGGCUAAGUUUCUAGAAGUGGGGAAGAAUGUUUUUGUCAUCAUCUUUGCAACCCAUACAGACAAACAUAAAGUAUGGGGAGGGAAACCUUGGCUAUUCAACAACCAAUUGAUGGUGCUGCAGAUAUUUGAUGGAUUCAUUCCUCCACUGAAGAUGAUUUUUGAACGAGAGGAUUUAUGGGUGCAGAAGCAUAAUCUCCCCUUAGCUUACAUGACGAAGAAAAGAGGUGAGCAGUUGGGAAGUGCAAUGGGUAAGGUGGUGGAUGUUGACGUGCAAGAUGAUGGGAGUGGAUGGGGAUGUUGUCUCCGGGUCUUUAUCGAAAUGGAUCUCACCAAACCACUAGCGAGAGGGAGAACAAUUACAGCCAAGGUAACAAAAUGUGGGUCUCUUUCAGGUAUGAGAAAUUCCCUCAUAGAUGUUUAUCUUGUGGUAGGAUAA